GAAGGGUACAACGCGGCGGGAGAGCGGGAGGGGCGCGGCGUCAUGCGGUACGCCAACGGCAACGUUUACGAGGGCGAGUGGAAGGCGGGUAAGAAGGAGGGGCGCGGCGUCUACCGGUUCGCCGACGGCGGGGUCUACGACGGCGAGUGGAAGGCGGAUAAGCAGGAGGGGCGCGGCGUCUUCCGGGCCGCUAACGGCAACGUUUACGACGGCGAGUGGAAGGCGGGCUUGUUCGAGGGGCGCGGCGUCUUCCGUUACCCUGACGGAGAGUUGUACGACGGCGAGUACAAGGCGGGUGAGAAGGAGGGGCGG